UUCCCGCCCGACGUGGUGGCCGGGCUGGACAAGCUCUCGGUCCUGCGCCUCAGCGCCGGCUUCCUGCGCUCCAGGAGCUUCUUCAGCGUUGCUCUGAGAAAUGGUGCCAAAGAAGCAGAGCGGGAUGGAGACUGCAGCAACAGACCAGCUCCAGGCUUGACAGGGGUACCAGAGGGUGAGCUGCUCCUACAGGCACUCAAUGGCUUCGUUCUGGUGGUGACAUCAGAAGGGCUGAUAUUUUACUCCUCGCAUACAAUUCAGGACUAUCUGGGAUUUCAUCAGACAGAUGUCAUGCACCAGAGUGUUUUUGAGCUGAUCCACACUGAGGACCAGCCAGAAUUCAGACGCAACCUCCACUGGACCCUUGACCCACCACAUGCUCCCGAGGGUGAGCCUUCUCCAGAAGGAGGGAAGAAUCUUGGCUCCUCUGAUGUCAUCUACAAGCCAGAUCAGCUGCCCCCAGAAAACUCCUCCUUCCUGGAAAGGAGCUUUGUGUGCCACUUUCGCUGCCUCCUGGAUAAUUCCUCUGGCUUCCUGGCUUUAAACCUCCAAGGCAGGCUAAAAUUCCUUCAUGGGCAGAACAAAAGGUCUGAAGAUGGGUCUGCACUAUGCCCCCAGCUCGCUCUCUUUGCUAUCUCCACCCCCUUGCAGCCCCCAUCCGUCCUGCAGAUCCGAACCAAGAACAUGAUCUUCAGGACAAAGCACAAGCUGGACUUCACCCCCUUGGCGUGUGAUGCCAAGGGGAAGAUCGUUCUGGGCUACACUGAGGCAGAGCUGCAGAUGUGUGGCACUGGCUACCAGUUCAUCCACGCUGCUGACAUGCUGUACUGUGCUGAGAACCAUGUCAGGA